CUGGGUGUAGAUACAGAUGCAGACACAGGCUUGAGGUUUGAGCGGUGCUAUGCAUUUUAGACGCCCCCACCCCCCUGCCCUUGAGGGGGCGUGUCCUGGAGGAUUGUAGCUGCCUCCAGGUAAGGAAGGCAGGUGAGGCGGGUGGACACAGGGGCAGCGGCAGGCAGCGCUGCAAACACUGGGCAGAAGGGGAAGUGAGACCACACAGCUCUGGAGGCCAGAGGCGCCAUCUAUUCCACUCCCCUGUGUCAGCCUGGGAGUGCCUGUCGAUUUCCCAGGAUUUAUCUGUUGCUUUUGGACGGCGGGAUGGGGCUAGUGGUGCUGAUGACUGUAAAUCUCUCCUCUUCCUUAUGGCACCUGAACACCCACUUUCCCCAAAGGCUGGCGGGGAAGCCCUUUCUCCUGCCUCUUCCUGCCACAGUGAGAUCCUCGCUCUGCCUCCUUUUGGGGGAGGGGGAAGAUGUGCUGGCCAUGGACAGAAAGCAAUGAGCUCUAUUAAAAUAUUUCGAAAAGAGGGAAAUCUCUCCCUUAGAUACUCUUGUUUUCCAGGCUUCUGGAGGAUUUUGAUCCUCUGAAGGGGAUGAGGGAAAUGUCUCUCUCUCUCUCUCUCUCUCUCUCUCUCUCUCUCUCUCCCUCUCUCUCUCUCUCUUUCAAGAAAGGGAGGCAUUGGGGAGAGGGAGUGAAGGACUGGGGGGCUCAUGGUGUCCAGGUCGGGGGUCCUCUAGAGUUUUUGAAUCAAUUAAAGCAAAUAAUGCUCUCUGUUUUCCACCAGGCCCAGACCAGCGAUUGGCCGAGUCUGGUCCCGUGACCACGAAUUCCCUGCAAUUUCGCCAGAGUCCUGGGUUUAAUAGAGAGAGUCCCCAUACGCUAGUAUUUAUCGGCAAUAUACAAUUAUAAAGGCCCAAAAUUAAAAAAAAAGAAAAGAAAAAAAGAGAGAGACAGCAAAAUCCCUCCCUCCCAAAAUCGCUCCAUCACAUAAACCUGGGGGGCGGGCAGGAGGGGGGGUCCCUUCCGAUCCUCCCUCCUGACGCCCCCCCCCAGCAGGCCCCCUCCCCCACCACGGAAAGCCAUGAAUUUUGAAUUUGAGAGGGAGAUUGGGUUUAUAAACAGCCAGCCAUCGCUCGCCGAGUGUCUGACUUCCUUCCCCGCUGUCUUGGAGACAUUUCAAACUUCAUCAAUCAAGGAGUCGACAUUAAUUCCUACUCCUCCUCCUUGCGAGCAAACCUUCCCCAGCCUCCAGCUCGGCGCCUCCACCCUUCAGAGACCCGGGAGCCAAAAGCCAGCCGGAGAUGGGCCCGCUCCGCCGCCGCCGCCGCCGCUCCCCGCCGCCCCCCGGGCCCCCGAGUUUCCCUGGAUGAGGGAGAAGAAAUCCGCCAGGAAGCCCGGCCCCGCGGCCCCGUCUCCCCCGGCCGCCUCCUCGGCCCCAGCCUCCGGGGCCGGCUCGCCCACAGACGGCCCUGGGCUGGCGGAGGCGGCGGGCGGCGGGGCUCGCAGGCUGCGCACCGCCUACACCAACACGCAGCUGCUGGAGCUGGAGAAGGAGUUCCACUUCAACAAGUACCUGUGCCGGCCGCGCCGCGUGGAGAUCGCGGCCCUGCUGGACCUCACCGAGCGGCAGGUCAAGGUGUGGUUCCAGAACCGCCGCAUGAAGCACAAGCGGCAGACGCAGCACCGGGAGCCGCCCGACGGGGAGCCGGCCGGCCCGGGCGCCCUGGAGGACACCGGCGAGCCCGCCCUGGAGCCCGCGGCCAGCCCCGGCCGCCUCUCCGCCCCGCAGGAAGCCUGCUCGCACCCGUCCGAGGCCGCUCCGUGCCCCCCGGCGCCUGUGGUCUCCGGCCCCGACGGCGCGGGGACGCCGAGCCCCGGCUGCGCCCCGCGCGGGCCCCGCGGGCUGGACCCGGAGCUGCUGCCCGAGGAGGCCUUCCCGGAGCGGCAGGACUCGCCGUUCCUGCCCGACCUCAACUUCUUCGCGGCCGACUCCUGCCUCCCGCUGUCCGGAGGCCUCUCCCCCGGCCCGCAGGGCUCGCUCCACAGCCCGGUUCCCUUCUCCGAGGAGGACCUGGACUUCUUUACCAGCACCCUCUGUGCCAUCGAUCUGCAGUUCCCCUGACCCCCCUCCUCCUCCCGGCCUCUCUGCACCCCCUCCCCGCCUCCCUCGACCCCCGACCCCCAAGUGGUUCAGACUUCUCGAUGUAUUUUGCUAAAAUUCAGGUAUUAUUGAAUUAGCGUCUCAUCCACUUCCUUUCUUCUCUCUAAAAUAUGGGAUACUUGGGUGUCUUUUUGAAACCACAGAAACAUUCCGUUCGGUAGACUCCUUCCAACGAAAUCUCAGGAAUAAUCACACUGUAGGGGAGAUUUGAAGGGGAUGGGGGACUUUUCUUUAAAAAAGAACUAGAGGAGCCUAUUUUCCACUUUUUUUUAAGUUUUAGACCGUAGAUUAUUUAUUAAAACUUUAAUAAUAGGAAGAGGGGAGAGUAUUUAUUGUACAUUAUUUUCAUAGAUUAAAUAAAUGUCUUUAUUAUACGAAAA